AUGAGCAAUAGGGUAGUCGUGGAGGCACCGCGAGAGAAGGAGGUUGAUUAUCAUGUUUUAUUUUUGGUCCAUUUAUGUAUGAUGGGAACAGUGGGUGUUUUUGAAAUUGGAAACACGCGUCGGACAAAGAAGGAUGUUGACGAAUAUUGUGAUGGAAGGUGGGACCCAGGAGGAGGGGCAGCAGUGACGCCGUCUUAUGUCACAAGCAACGCAAGCAUUGUAGAAAUAAACGGAGAGAGGGACGGCGUGAGCCGGCAUGCAUUGCGGGUUUUGGAAGAAAGAAACGACCGUGGUUUGACGUUAGAAGGUGUGGCGGGAAGGGAGGAAUGUUGGCGCCAAAGGAGGGAUAUUGUGGACCUAAACAGCUGCAUGGGCCACGCACGCAGGGUGUUUGAAAAUUGA